UUAACAAACACAAAUGUCAUUUUGAAAACAUGGGCAAAAUUAUCCCAGUAUGGACUUGAAAUGGAUUUCUGUAGAACCUUGUUUGGAGAAGAAAAAAUGCCGGUGCUCUUUUGCUCACGUAAAAUGGGAAAACAUAAUUUUGCAAGUGCAUGUGUUUUGGCGUCGUCGUCGUUGUUGUUUAUGUUUGUCGCCCCCCUCGACAAGCAAUCCACCCCUUAAGCCUGAUAUUUUAUCGGCCAUAUGAGAAUCCAACCAGAAAGAGAGUACCCAUUAACUGGAGACUGUUCGACCCCGUUGAUGAGCUCAUAGCAUGGCAAUAGCACAAAUGAACUUGUUUUGCGCUGUGUUAUUUGUUUUCACUACGCUAUCAACGUUGUGGGUAUGUAUUUCUUCUCCAUGCUCCAUGCGCACGCAAGCCAAAACAAGUUUGGAGCAAUUUCUGUGUUUGCUUUUAUUUGUAGAGGAAAGCAAUUUAUGAAUAUUUCUGUAGUUUCAAUCAGUCUUUCGUUGGAUACGUCGCGUUACGCCAGCAGUUUCUUUUUUGAUUAUUUGCUUACCACCCAUAUGCGGCGGUUAAAUAAAAACACAUUCGGAAACAACUAAAGAAACCCCAAAUAAAAGUUGAAUUCUCUAGAGUGGUGGUUGUAAAAAAAAAACCAAACACAAAAAGCAAUUUUUGAUGACGAAGUCUAAAAACGCCACAGAUUACCAGUACUCUCCAUGACACACAGCCGUGACAACGAGCGAUUUUGAAUGUUUCUUCUUCUGGUGGUGUUCGGGGUAUUGUGUGCUUAUUGCCUUUUUGUAUUGUUAAAUUAAAAAGAAUUUUAAUUAGAACAAAUUAGAAUUGUAAGCAAACGAAAUCAAGUGGUUCACUAUCGAUCUGUUGUCGUUCCAAAAGUUUAAAGUUCACAAAGCAGGCAAGGAAAAACCAAUUACAAAAAUCAAUCCAACCAACAACGAAAAAUAUUUUAUGUGUGUGUGUUUUUUUCCAAAAAAAAAAAAUAAAAUCAAUAAAAACGACAAUCGUUUAUGAUAAUCUGUGUGGAAUUGGAAAAAGUGAAAAAAUACAAAGCCACAAUAACAACAAUAAAUAAGAAUGGCUCAGAGCUCUUCUAAAACGGGUUCACACAGUAACCUAAUGGCCAGCGGAAGUAGUACUCCAAUACGUAUUGGCAGUUACCAUGGUCAUGUAUCAUCGAGUGGUGGCAAUGACUCGCCCACCCCCAUGAUGCAUCAUCAGCAACAGCAAUCGCAACAACAACAACAACAACAGUCUAGCAGUGUUCCAGCUACUGCUGGACAUCUGGGUCAAAGUUCGGCUUCUUUAAAUAUGGGCCCAUCCACCACAAGUCAACAUCAUCCUCAGCAGCAACAACAACAGCAGCAGCAACAAACAUCCUCUUCUACGGUUGUUAUGAGUUCCAGUGUUACCCCACCAAACAGUGCUGGUUUACGUCAAUCGGGAGCUUUUGAAUUCAAAUUCAUGAGACGUCCAUCUUUAAAAACUGCCCACUUGCCCAAAUUGUCAUCGACCGAUAGUUUAAGCUACAGUCCGGGUCCAUCAUCUCCAGGCCUUGCCAAUUGGACAUCCGACAGUCGUGACAAAUAUGAUGGCAAUCAAACCGAUAAGACUCCGGGCGAUUCAUCGAAACUCAAUCGCAAAGAAUCGUAUAAAGCGCAACGUAAAAAUUACCGGCGCGAAAAGAAACGUGUUGCAUCGGAAUUAUUAAAUUCAUUACAGGAUCCUGCUGUGAUUGUCUUGGCGGAUUGGCUUAAGGUUCGUGGAACUUUAAAAUCAUGGACCAAACUAUGGUGCGUCCUAAAACCCGGACUAUUGUUGCUAUAUAAAAGUCCAAAAGUGAAAAGUAGCCAUUGGGUCGGUACAAUACUGCUGACAUCGUGUCAAGUCAUUGAGAGGCCAAGCAAAAAAGAUGGAUUCUGCUUUAAACUAUUUCAUCCUUUGGAACAAUCGAUUUGGGCACCCAGAGGACCGGACAAGGAAACCAUAGGUGCUGUGGUACAACCUCUGCCAACGGCUUAUCUAAUUUUCAGAGCUCCUAGUCAAGCGGCCGGCAAAUGCUGGAUGGAUGCCUUGGAAUUGUCGUUAAGAUGUUCCGGUCUAUUAUUACGUUCAAAUUCUUCUCCGGGACCCAAUCAACAACCCGGUGCAAUAGAGGCUUCAAUUUCCCACGAGACCCAAUGGUCGGAGGCUGAUUAUGAAAAGCAUUUCAAUGAUCAAGACAAAGAUAAAUUUCCCAAAAUACAGCGUAAGUCACAACAACAACAACAAUCACAGCAAUAUCUCACAGUACCAACAACAACGGAUGACGGUGGUAGCACCGAUACCAGCAUCUAUCAUCCAUCACGUUCGCAAACACCACUGUUACAACAACUCUAUCUAACCAUGACCCAUUGGGAACGGGUUGUUGCCGCCAAUGCCCAUCAAUUGAAAAAAGCCAAACAUUUACCGAAACUACGUAGAUCCAAAAAUAAUAUCGAUUUCAGUGAUGUCUCUAGCGUUGAAAACUCACCCAGAAAAACGCCACACGACUCAUUGAAGUUCUUGAAGAAACGUCGAGGGACAUUGCUGAAAUCGUCGUCGUUGCGUUCGAUUCGAAAAUCAACAUCCAGCUCUUCCGAUGAAGAGGAUUUGAAAACGAUAAUAUCAACGCGUCAAUUAAGUUCGAAUGGAUCGUCGAGGCCAGUUAGUGCACCACCGGAUCUGGAUGCGGACAGUCAAACAGAGGCACCAGCCGGCGUUAUGUCGGGUAUAGAUACUGAUUCUGAUUCCGAUGGCAACGAUAAUGCUGUAGAUAAUCAAUUGCAAGUGAUUGACAAUGAGGAGCCAGUGGAAACUCCCUAUAUUCCAGCACCGGAAGAGGAAUUAAAUACGACAAGCGGCGAACAAGUGGAAGAAUUGGCAGAAGAGAAUAAAAGUUUAAUUUGGUGUUUGGUAAAACAAGUCCGUCCAGGUAUGGAUUUAAGUAAAGUGGUAUUACCCACAUUUAUUUUAGAGCCACGCUCAUUCUUGGAUAAACUAGCCGAUUCAUAUUAUCAUGCUGAUAUUCUAUCAAGGGCCGUCCUUGAAGAUGAUCCAUUCACCCGCAUGAAACUGGUUGUACAAUGGUAUCUAUCUGGUUUCUAUAAAAAACCCAAAGGUCUCAAGAAACCCUACAAUCCCAUUUUGGGUGAAACCUAUCGCUGCUAUUGGGAACAUGAGAAUGGUAGUCGCACUUAUUACAUUGCUGAGCAGGUCUCACAUCAUCCACCAAUAUCGGCAUUUUAUGUGACCAAUCGCCAAGAAGGUUUCUGCAUUAGUUGUUCCAUCUUGGCCAAAUCGAAAUUUUAUGGCAAUAGCACUUCAGCGGUGCUAGAGGGUGUGGCUACGCUAACUCUGUUGCCACGUGGCGAAAGUUAUACACUAACCACACCUUAUGCCCAUUGCAAAGGUAUUCUCAUGGGUACUUUAUCUAUGGAACUGGGUGGCAAGAUAAAUAUCGAAUGUGAGAAUACGGGCUACAAGACGGAACUUGAAUUCAAGCUGAAACCUUUUUUGGGCGGUGCUGAUAGUACUAAUGUAGUAGCGGGUAAAAUACGUCUUGGUAAAGAGACAUUGGCCACAAUCUCGGGCCACUGGGAUGCUGAGAUGCGUAUUAAAGAUACGAAAACGGGUGAAGAUACCACACUAUUUGCAGCAACUAAGGACACAAUGAGGAGGCGUCUGAAACGUUAUGUUGUGCCAAUUGAAUCACAGUUUCCUAAUGAAUCGGAACGUUUGUGGAAUUUGGUGUCGGCCGCCAUUAGACGUGACGAUCAGAUUGGUGCUACCGAGGAGAAAACCGUUCUGGAAGAGUCCCAGCGUAAUGCUGCCAAGGAACGUAAAGCAACACUUACGGAAUGGGAACCAAAACAUUUCCAACAAGACAUUAUUACCGGCAAGUGGAUCUACAAAUAUGCCGAUCUACGUCCAUGGGAUCCUCGCAAUGAUGUCAAACAAUAUGAAUGGGAUUAUAAGGUAUUAACAAAGACCCGACAUCAAGCACCGAUGGUACGAACUGCAAGCAUUGUUAGUGUCGAUCCAAUGCAUGUGAUACGCAAUUGUGCUUCUGAACAAAGACAAUCAUCGUUGGCCAUCAUGAAGGCUAAACGUAAAAAUAAGAAACUAUCGAAACUAUCAUCAAAUGAUCCAAAUAAUUCAGAUUCAAGUCAAUCCCAAGAAGAUCUUAAUGACCAAGCUGUAUCAUCACACACUGUCAGAAAAUUAAUGUUAGCCGUUGACCAGUUAAACAAUGCUUUAGACGAUCACAAACGUCAACUGGUCAUGAUCAAUGCCAAAUUGGAACGUAUACAAUAUGCUCCACCACAUCAUACCGAACAUUCGUCGUCUGUCUGGGGUGUGAUAACACGAUCCAUACCACAGCCAUUGGUCAUACGAGCUUUAGCUUAUGCAUUUGCAGCUUUAUUAGUAAGCCUUUGCCUAAAGUGGCUUUUAAACUAGUUAACAUUAUUCAAGAAAUCUAACUAAGUUAAUACAUUAUUCAAUAAACCACACACACAUACUGCAUACACGUUUACUACAACAACAACAAUAUUUAAAUGCAAACAAAAUUAAACAAAAAUAUAUUUAAUUAAAGUCACAAAAAAUAAAUUCAAUGAAAAUAUAUUUUUCAUUAAUUACUAAGCUUGAACAUUUUUCACACAAUAUUGUCCCAAACAUAGUUUUUUCAUUAAUAUAUUAUCUUUGAAAAAAUUGGUGGUUUCAAAAAUAAUAUUUAGAUUUUUGACAAAAAAGAGCUAAAACGUUUAUGUAUUUUUAUUAUAAAUAUGUAUUUAAUUAUAUGUUAUGUAUACAUAUAUACUUUAAUUAUGUAUUAUAUGUUUACAUUUUUUAUAUUUUUAGUUGUGAAAAUGUGUAAAAUAAUUUCAUUAAUAAUUUCUAUUUGUUUUCUAGAAAACUAGUUGUAAGCGACGAUUUCCAAUUUGUUAUCCUAAUCUAUCUCAAGUUAUAAAUUCUUUUAUAUGUACAUUUACUUAUUUAUACAUAUGUUUGUUUGUAUGUAUUUUAACGCCUUAGCUUCCGGUUAUUGAAAUCAUUCGCUCUAUUUUCCCGUUGAAACAAACAAAUAUAUAUAUAUAUUUAAAAUGCCAUUUAAAAUAUAAAGUUUAUAAGCACUUGGCACCUUGAUGAAAUGAUAAACAAUCAAUAAUUUUUUUUAAUAAUCACUUUGAAUUUAAAUAACUUUUGAAUUGUACAUUUUAAGAUUAAAAAGAAAAAAACUUAUGUAAAAAUACACUGUUAUACUUAUUUAAUUCGGUUACACAAUUCCAAAAUUCUUUAAUAAAUUCCUAUUCCAAUUUA